AUGGUUGUAACAGGCAGGCACUCGCUGGACAACAACGAGCGGACGAAAGGUCAGGUCUGCUCCAGAUCCAUUCUCAUUGGACGAUUGAUCAUUUCAUUGAACUAUGAACGAGAUGUUGCAGUCCAGAUAGCAACUGACAGAGGUCAGGACAUUUCAAAAGAAAUCAAAUCAAAAAGAGACGCUAGCCACCAGCAGACAGAUUCCUUACUAUCGGAACUGAAACCUGACUGGCCACAAUUUUUUCAACGCAGUAACAACACUCGACUGAAGUCACCUCAUCUCUUUAAAGCAAUUUUGGCAUCGCAUAGAGUCUCAGUCAAACCUGGCUCCUACUUCUGGGAGGAAGUGAAGUUCUACUCGGAACUGAUUGAAUCGUUCCUGGUGUGGCUGCAACGUGAGUUGCACAAAUGUGCCAAACAAUCGUUCGCUAUUGAACUUUUGUUUUCAAAACGUGGACAAUCAAUUAGUGAAAAUAAGGAUGUUGGAAAUGAUGAUGCCGAUUACAUUGGUUACAAUGAUGACGAUUAUGAUGAAAACUUUCAUAGACAUCCAAGUCUUCACGAAACAUUGCACUCGUUCAGCUACCUCAUGACUUCACUGGCUUACUUGGGGGCAGAGCAGGCCAUGUGUUCUUCCUUCCAUUCAGUCGUUUGCUUCAGCCACACAGAGACCUACCACUACGCAAAUUACACUUUCAGUGCGGAAGCUCUGUUCAGGCUCUACAAAUUUUCUUUAAUUAACACAAAGCACUAUCAUAGUUUUGGCAAACUUGGUGAAAAAAAUAAUUACCUCAAAGAGGCAAAAGACGAUUUUCACGACUCUAACAACAUCAACCACAAAGCAUUCAGCAGCAUUCACCUUCCAAUUCAUUCAAAAUCACACGAAAAUGAAAAUGAAAAACUACUUACAAACAAAUGGUCAUCUUCCGAUUACAAAUUAAUUUUCCCAGAAUUAUCUUACUGUCGGCAGGAAAUUUUAGCCGACCUGGACAGCGUGGGAGCACCUCUCCUUCCCUCGAACUGCAACCAGGCCCGAAGAAACGACACGAGUGUCAGCGAGGUCAACAUUGUCGUUGCGAGAGAAUUUGAGUAUCUAACUACUUUACUUGAAAAACUGUUGAUCAGGCGAGUAGAAAAUGUAACGUAUUCAUUCUUCAUAUCAACAACAGUUUUGAUUUCCGUUGCCAUUUAUGUGAUCACUGUACAUUUAAUACGUUACGCAUACAUAAAAUUCAAAAAACCGAAAUUGAAACGAAAAAAGAAACAGCUACGAUCGAAUCUAAACACACCGAACAACACGACAACUUUGUCGACAGCAACAUCGGCGGUCAACAUGGCUCAAAUUAACGAUGAGUUGUCUAAUCAACCAAAACUUUACAAACAAUCGCUUCAACAAAUUCCUUUGCCUCCUUCGCAGCCAGCAACGCAACAAAAAUCUACCAAACAAAACCUUCUGUCUUGCUCCAACAACAUUCAUUCAACGCUUCACGUCAACCACGUCUUCACUCAUGACCAACAGCAGAACAUUUACACACCAACACAAUUUCAAACCACAUCUAUUCAAAAACUUAACCAAACUUUGCCAUUGAGACAUUAUUCUUCGCAACUACAAUUUCAACUUCUCAACCAGCAAAAACAGCUGCCACAACAACAGCUACAACAACAACAACCACAACAACAGCAUCAAUUUCAGCAACACCAUCAAAAAGAGUUGUUAACUCUACCGAACCACAGUAACUCACUACAACCAGACAAACUUCACUUGAAAACUGACAACCAGCAUGUGGUGAGCCUCGGUGCCUUGAAAGUUGCCUCCGUCUGA